AUGUCAGAACCAAUCCCCGAAUCCAUUCCCACCUCCGCAGAUCCGCGAUCCAAACGGCCCCUCAAGAAGCGCGCCCUCAGCCCGCGCUCCGAAACCGCCUCAGCCAUAACAUCCCUCUUCUCAAGACCCGACCAGGACCUGCACCUGCCCUCCUCCAGCGCUCUCACCACCGCAAACACCCGUCGCGCCCCUCCGGAAAUUGUGCAGAAUGUGCAGGGAUCGAGUGCAGGCGCGGGAUCUGGGGAGUUCCAUGUGUACAAGGCGAGCCGGAGGCGGGAGUAUGAGAGGUUGAAGGAAAUGGAUGAGGAGGUAAAGAAGGAGGAGGAAGGGGCGAAGUGGGACAGGGAGAAGAGGGAGCGCGAGGAGAGGGAUAGGGAGAAGACGCGGAAAAAUAGGGAGAAGAGGGAACGGUUAAAGAGGAAGAAGGGCGGGAAGGGGGAUGCUAUAGAGACUGAAGGGGCGGGGAAGGGGGGAAAGGUUAAGGCAUGGGUUAUUGUCAGAGAGGGCAUGGAUGGAUUAGGCGGAGAAGGGAAGGAAGAUGAGGAUAUGGGUGGGGUGAUGGGCGUGGUGCCUCUUGAGGAGAAGGGCGUUAUCAUUCACGAUGACGAUUGA